AUGGCCGAGAUCACUACCCUGGUCGCGCUGCAGUCUUUCCAUCGCGACCUCGUCGCAAUACGCGAAGGACGUCCGGAAAACACAGAGUCCUGGGACAAUUCACUUGUGCAGGAACUUUUCAAGCGCGAGCUGUCUAGAUUGUGGCAGCGGCCGGCGAGAGACGAGAAGAGUCGCUCUCAGGUCAAGUCAGGCAAGGUCUUCAUUGAUGAGGAAGAAUACUCCGUCAACGAAGAAUUCCAGCAGAUUGCUCUUAAUUUGGCAGACGAAGCCGAAGUUAACGAGAUCGAAGCCGCUCGAUAUGUUCUCGAAGCCGAAGAAGACACCGCAACUCUAGGACGGCCACUGCUCGAAUGCGCCAUCAUCAGGUUCCACCAACAGCGGAAAUAUAUUCUGGACAGUUUGCGGUUGAUGUUUGAGGUAGAUGAUCUGGACGACGAUGAGGCAGACCCCGAGGUGGUCAACGUGAUCCAGGCAUAUUUGGCGGAUAACGUUCUCAAGGAUGUCAACCGGAAGAAACUCUUGCCUAGGUGCAUGUCCGCCAUGCAAGAUGUACGCUCUUGGCUCGCAAGGAUCGCGGACAAGAUGACUGCGGCAGCAGUCUUGAUGAACGGUCAGAACAGGGAAAAGCCCGAGGGACUGGAAACGCUCGAGUUCUCCCGGGCGAGUCUUGUCCAGCAGCAUGAACUUCUGGCUGUUGUCCUAUGCUGUGCCGUGGAAAAGAAGGAGGCGGAGACGGCUGACUUCCGUGGCUUCCUUGACCAGCUCAGAAAGGCGGACAAAUAUGACGUCCUCACGGUGCAUUUAUUUCCUGCCCUCGGUGCUUAUAUCACAACUUUUGGCUCAACGGAAGGUAUCGGGGACCUCACAGUCGCGCGGGAACUUCAUAAUGUUAUCUGCCGCCCCAAUGACGACAGUUCCUGGCCUCUGGUAAACUUGCAAGCAGCUGUCAAGGCUUGGUGGGUUGCCGAGUACAGCGGAUGGUACCUGGAUGACGGACUCCUCGGUGGAUUGCAAGGCGUCGACCUUGAUGCAGAUGUCAACAGUGCAGAGCAGCAGGACCCGUCCAGAGCGGCGUUGCUCAAGUGGCUAGCCCGCAAGACACCAUCGCUGGUAUUCGACACUGUGCCAUUCUCCAGCUUCUUCAAGGCUUGCCUCACCGCUCAGUUAGAGGUGUUCGUUGAUGCUUUCAUUUCCAAUCUCCCUGACGUUCUGCGAAAGCUUCGCAGUGAAGAGGACGAACAGCGACAGCUCAGUCAAGCACACGAACAAGACACAGAUCUCGAGCGCUUCUUGCUUAUAAUUGCCAUGUCAUACGAGGACCGAUCGGACGCAGCUACCAGCUUCUGGCUCGACCCUGACAGCAACUUGGCGGGCUUUAUGCACUGGGCGUCGCGACGAGCUUCCACACCUUUGGUUACAGCCUUCUGCAACAUGCUGCAGGCAGUUUCCGGGAAUGACACCUGUGCUACUGCUGCCCACGACUUUUUGUUGGAUGAGGGACAUCACGCAUCUGGAAAAAUGAGAAGAUCACAGUCUUUGACGUGGCAUCAAAUCUUCAGGGAACUCACAUUCUUCGCCAACAAGACUCGAGAUACGCCACCAACAUCUCAGACCACACUCUAUCGAUCUGGUAGGCCGCCCACAGUGCAAGCUGAAGCAGAACCAGAGUCGGAAAUGAUGCUACAGGCCUACCUAGGCUUGAUCACCAAGCUUACAUCGGAGAGUGAAACGGCCAGACAAUUUUUACUUAAGGAGCCCAACUACAAUCUGGUUGAGGUCUGCUAUCAGCUCGCCAGCAGUCCUAUUCUUCCCCACAUCCGAGCCAGCGUCUUCACUGCUUUGCGUGGUCUCCUAACGCACAAGUCUCAAGAGGAAGGUCACAUCAUGUGGACUUGUCUCGAGAGCUGGAUGGGCGGCGGUUAUGUUGUUUUCCCUCCUGGACAUCACCGACCUCCUCUUAACCCUCCCGAGGACGUUCAGCAAAAGAUCGGUGAUGAAUUGGUCUCUACGCCGGAGGAAGGCAUCGCUUUCAUACAAUUUUUGACUUCAUUGGUGACGCCUUCAGAAGAAAGCAGUUCCCUGAACGACUCACUACCUUUUCCCGAGACGCUGGGCUCAGCAUUCCGCAUGCCCGGGAUCGAGAUAUACGUGGACCUGGUUCUCGCGACCUUGUCUUCACCCAAGAUUAUUGAUGCCAACGACAUCUAUCAGGCGCGACUGUUGAGGCUCAGCUGCCUCGAAUUCGCAUUCGUUUGCUUGGCAACAUUCAAUGAGGACCUCAUCAUAUUGGCCAACCAGACGAACAUACAGCUCGAUGCGGCAAUUGCCACUACCGAUCUUGCGACUUAUGUUCGACUCCAUCCUUUUGCACGCGUAAUGGAGUGGAUGUUUAACGACAGCACUGUCAACGCUCUUUUCAAGAUCAUUCACCAAGAUGCGACUGAAGUUGGGAAUGCUUCUCCAGAUGCACCCAUCAUCACAAGCAUUUUGCGCUCCGUUGAGGUUAUCUCGAAAGUCCUCGACCUCCAGUCGACCUAUGUCGAACUUGUGCGACCAGUCAUCAAGUCUAAAUCGAGCCAUCGAAGGCAGAAUGUGUCCAAUGCAGCGUUCGCGUCCUUUGAGGAUGGGUUGGCUAGCCAUCUUAAUCUUGUCGUAGACCUCGGCAGCUACUGCGGUAUCGGCCACCCUGAUGUUACACUGGCUUGUCUGAAGCUGCUUGAGAGAAUGUCCAGCGCCCCCAAAAUCACAUCGGCGUGGACACUUACAUCCGGACGGCAAACACAGCGAAACAGAGCCAUCAUUGCGAUGGAGGCCAACGGCGAUGAUGAGGCGAUUUCACGCUCACUGGCUUCCGAGCUAACGACAUCGUUUGAUCUGGGCAGGGAGGCUGAGUCACCAAACUAUGUGACCAAGGUUUACAUCCUCGACUUCCUUUACAGUUGUCUGGCUGCGAUGCCGAACCAACCUACCAUCGCUCACCUGUUGCUUGGCUUCCAAUGCGGCGUCGAAACCUUGACCGUCGAUGCGAAUGGCACCUUUUCGGAGCGGACUUCACUCUUCCACGCCGUUUUGAGACUGUUGCUGGAGACCCCCUCUGGGGACAACCAGGGCAUGCGAUCCUGGCUCAUCACGCUGAAGUUCAAAUGCAUGCGGAUUUUGCGCAUCCUCUGGAACUCCUCCUUGUCAGCAUCCUUCGUCAUCGAUGAACUGCGAGAGAAUGACGUCUUGUUCCACUUGCUUCUGCGGGAUGUUGUCAUACAACCCGCCCUGGCUUGGGAAGGCGAAGACAUUAACCAGCCUCAUUUCCCGCUGACUAAUGGUGCUACUACCCUCGUCGAUUUCCUAGCCCUACGCAGCAUGACCCUGGAGUAUAUCGCCAUGGAGCUUUGUAGUAUUUCACAAAGUCGACUUCCGUCUGCGAAACGUCGCAUUUUCGAAGCCUUGAAUGGGAGACUUCAGGGUGACGAAAACGAAAUCAUCACAAUCCCAACGGUGUAUGACUUGUACGACUUCCUGCUGCCUGAUGGCAUGUGGGACAACUUGGAGCCCGCCGUGCAAUUUUAUAAAGGCCUGGAUCUGAGCACAUGCUUUGAACAGGAUGCGGAUGACAACUCUGUUGCCAACAUCGAGCGCGUCAAGGACAUUUUGCAGCUCAAGCGAAGUGAGAGACGCGGCGAGGGCGUUCUGCUCACAGCUCAGGACUUUACCGUCAUUGAACAGGAGGAAGCUUCAAUAGUUGAGCAUCUUGUGUCAUCCCAUCGAGAGAACCUCAUCGCUUCCGGGAGGCUUCGACCAGUCGACAAAGAAAACCAGAACAUCGGCAGCCUGGUCAGCGACAAGCUCUCCAACUGUUCCAAAUUCGCUCAGGCCAUUGGCAAAUGGGCCGGCACCUCCGAUAUCCGAGCCAUCUACUAUAGUAUCUGCUAUCGAUACCUGACCGGAAUGGUGGAUGAAGGCAUGCUCGUGGCCGAGCGACCAAAGACGAUGCGCACAAUCCAAAUGUAUGGCGAGAGGCUAAUCAGCAUCAUCUGUGACGACGCGUAUGGCAGCGAGCCGGACAGCCAGACAGCUGCCAUGAUCCUUCUGAAUGCGCUGGUCAACUUCAGCCGCGCAGAAGAUAGCCCUCACGUCAUCGAGACACUCAAUAGGCUCAACUUUAUCGGUAUCGUCAUUGAUUCGCUUCGCAAUGUCCACGAGGAAUGGUCCCAUAUCAUCAAGACCGAGGACAAGGCGCAGGAAACUUAUCUGUCGUCCAAGUUGGCCCUGCUCCUGCAGUUGGCACAGACCCGGAUGGGUGCGAAAUAUGUCUUGCACGCGAACCUGCUCAGAGCGCUCGAAUUGUCUGGCCUCUUUGCUGCGGACCCUGAGCUGCAGAGCGACAGAGCCAAAGCCCCGCGCACUGGAGAAGCACUAUGA